AUGGGCUUCAGAGUCCACGCAGAGGUCGACGAAGCGAUGGGCUGGUUUGAAGCCAUCAGUAGCUAUACCGACAGUUCCCUUCCUGCAGGCCACGAUGUUGCGCCUGGGCUCGGCUGGCCUACGGAACUUGAGCAGAAGUGUCCGGAUUGGACAGAGGCCUUCAAGGGGAUACCACUGCGCGACACUAUCGGUCAACCAUCCAGACUCGUGCUUUUACAGUUCAGCGACGAGAUACACCCAGAGCAGCCUGUACAAUAUGCCGUGGUGCGUCCCGAGCAGCCGGUACAAUAUGCCGCCGUCUCAUAUGCUUGGGCUCAAUGCAAAAAGAUAGAGGAUAUAUUAUGCCGACUAAGGAUGUUAAUGGAGCCGGUCGGAUUGGUUUAUCUCUGGAUAGACCAGCUGUGCAUCGACCAAAAAUCAGAGUAUGAUAAAAGGGUCGAAGUCGGCAGGAUGGGAGAUUACUAUGCUCAGGCGGCGGUCACCUAUGUGAUGGUUCCUGAAUGGUCCCCUACGUUUACGUGGGAGCUGGCUGGUUUUAGAAUGAGCAGUCAGCAGGCUGCAAAGGCCUUUACAGAAGUCGAGGCAUUAGAAACCACUUCAUGGGCGUCAAGAGUAUGGACAAUGCAGGAGGCGAUGCUCUCCGGCAGGACCGUUUUCGUAGGACGAAGCCAGGCGAAGAGUGCAGCGGAACUGGCAAUCGCCUAUCGACUACAUUGUACAGAAGGAGGUGCGGACGCGCAUACAGUAUGGCGCAGGAUAGGACACCGCAGUGACGUGCGGGUCGAGCAGAGGAUUGCACGUGGCCAUAGGGUCGCGCUGGUCUCCGCUACUCACCUUUUGAAGGACAAUAUCGUACUGCCGGAAACAGGUGACAGUAUAAACCACCAGUUUCGCUUUCUUGACGACGUGUGGAGGAUAGCAGGGGCAAGAUAUUGCAGCGCAGAAGAAGACAGAGUAUAUGGGAUGCUGGGCCUGGUAUGGCGUGGUGAGACAGUGAAUGUGGAGUAUGGUAUAGGCUUUGAGGAGGCGGUACGGAGGGCCGCAGAGAAGGGCCUUAUCUCACCUGGCCUCCUCCUGGCACGAACUAAUUCUCAAAAACCGGGAAGAUGCUGGUGUCCCGCCCCCGGAACGGAGAGUCGACUCAGAGCUACCAAACGGAGGGUGGAAGACUUCGACGAGGCGCCGACGUUACACUUGACAGUAGAUGGACUGUGCAUUGUACAAGCGGCCAGGUUACGAAUGCCAAGCGAACCGGAGUUACCAAGCGAGUAUAGUUCCGAGGUAAUAUUUUGUAGAAACAUGGAAGGCGGCAGAGAUUUCAGAAUCAAGUUUGACUGUGGAGUACCGGAAGGCGAGGAAUGGGGAGGGGAUUGGCUGGCCGUGGUAGACUCUAGGGAUAUCUACGGCAGGCGUCGUUUGGACCGAGCCACCCUCAUCAAGUACGAAACCAAAGAAGGAGGAAUACUGGUCAAGUUGCAGGCUCUAGAAGCAAGUAUUUGGUUCCUUGAAAACGAGUACGUGAGAGAGUUCUUGCUUGGCUAG